AUGGAAGUGAGUUCUGAAAGACCUUCAAGCGAACAUUCGAGCCUAACUCACACUGACCAGUUUCCCACUCAGCCCCCGACCCCGCCGAAUUCAAUCUCAGGAAGCCCCGUAGUGAAGACUGAGGAAUUUACAAGUCUUGUAAGGCCGUACAAUCUCGUAUCACCUCCUAGGAGCGCAUCCGUAAGACUUCCUAGUUUGGAAAGCUUCGACCAAGAGGUAGAGGCCCUCAUCCGAGAAAAUAGGCCACCGAAGACUCCUGCUUCUCCACCCAACCUCACAGCGGGGAACCGGCACCGUCCCAGCCAGGACCGUUUUUCUCUCAAUUACUCUCUUCACUCAUGGCAGAUAAGCUAUGGUAAGAAGCGCCAUGUCAACCAGAAGUACACAAUAGAGGAGGGCGACUACAUCAUUUACGCCUCGCAGGACAAGAAGAUGAAGUGGCACCGCAUCAAGGAGGAAUUUGCCAAACUCUUUGGCAACAUUCCCGAACGUACCGUCCAAGGUCUUCAGGCCUGGUACUACCGUAUGGAUCAGCGCAUACCUAUGUGCGAUCCGGAUGGCCGGCUAUGUUUCAACAACGAGGACGACCUCGAGCCACGAUAUAUCAACCUGAAGAUUUGUGACCGCGGUUAUCUGGUAAAGUGUAUAGGCCCCCUUGGUAUCGCCCAACGGUACCCUGAGCGCGCUGUCCGCUACUCUUGGGUUGAUGCCGAGACAAAAGCCAAGGCUCGAGACUUGGAGCUCUACAAUAUCGCGAGCGGCGAUUGA